AUGCCCCAAGUCGAUCUGGACACCCUAGUGUCAGUCUGCGGCGGCGGCAGCUGCGAUCGCAAAAUCGCCUGCGAGACGCUCGCCGACAGCCAUCACCAGCCCGAAGAUGUAGAUCGCCCGGAGAAUAACUCCGAUCUCCCGCCGGACUCCUUCUGGCUCUCCAAGGACGCCGAGCUCGACUGGUUCGAUCGCAACGCCUACUACGAGCGGAAAGACUCCGCCAAGGGGAACUCGAAUUCUACCAAUUUGAAUCCCAAUACCAAUCCCAAUUCCAAUUCUCAGAGGUUUUCGGCGACUUUGAAGUCAAAGGCCUCGAUCCUCGGAUUGCCGAAGCCGCAGAAGGCCUGUUUCGCGGAAUCCAAAAUGAGACACAAGUGUAAACCGCCCAACCUUAGGCUCUUUCCGAAACGGCCGCAACCGGAGGGGAAGUCGGCGGUUCCGGUGGCCGAACCGUCUUCCCCGAAGGUAUCCUGCAUGGGCAGGGUGAGAUCGAAGAAGGACAAGGGCCGCCGCCGCCCUGCGAACCGGCAGCGGCAAUCCGGACCGGCCGAGGACAAAGAAAAAGCCGUCGUGAAGCGCAGGACAGGGUUGUUCACCAGCCUGCGCGGGAUAUUCCGGUCCGGUUGCCGACAUAAACCGGCGGUUCAAGUCGAUGACCGGCCAAAAGAAUCGCCAAUAGCCAUAGUGUCGUCUCCGUCUCCAUUGAAGAGCGUCCCGGCGAAAGCAAGCGAUUUCUUCGCGACCGAAACGCCGGCAGAGCCGCCCGGCUUGGGCGGAGUAAAGAAGUUUGCAUCGGGCCGGAAGUCCGAGUCGUGGGUGGAGCUUGACGAAACCGUGGCGAAAUCUGAAUCGUCCGAUGGGGAUUCCGUACGGGAGCGGAGAGGGGUGGGCCCACUGAAAGGUGUAGAGUGCCAUCGUCAAUGGGCGUGUGCGGGUCCCGCAUCCGUGUAG